GACAGCUAGCGAGCCCCUCGAUGCAGUGACUUGUAGGAAGGAACGGCGCCUUUCUCUCCUUCUCUGGCUCUCUCCCGCCUCACUCACGGACAAGCUACGGAUGAUUGUUUUGCAGACAACGACCACGGACCAACCCCAUAUCCUCACUUUCCACUCUUCUUCUUCUCGCUUUAGCAUCCAGGGGGAGAAUAAGAAUAAGGCUUCCCAUCUUCUUUACAUCAUCUGCACGCCAUCGCCAUGGGCCAAAUUCUCGACAGACUCAACGGUAAGGAGUGGAAGAGAAAGCAAGUCAAGUUGAUAACAGACAGGGUUUAUGAUCGAGUUAGUAAUCAAUCAGGACGGCUUACUCUCACCUUCGACGAUCUGUACAUCGCUGUGCUUCUUGUCUUCAAUGACAUUAACAAGCACUUGCCCGGCCCCCAUUUCGACCCACCCUCCAAAGAUCACGUCCUUGAUAUCAUGAAGGAAUGUGAUAUCAACCUAGAUGGCGGGCUUGAUCGUGAAGAGUUUGCCAAGUUCAUCAAGAAGCUAACAGCAGAGACAUUUGUGGUAGUCAGCCAGGGACUUCUGCUGACUUUGGUGGUAGCACCAACCCUUGCAAUGGCGACCAAGCGAGCCACCGAAGGCGUUCCACAUGUGGGGAAAGUAGUGCAGAAGGUUCCGAAUGCGGUAUUUGCAUCGCUAGUUACUCUUGCCGUCGUCUGGAUUCAACAGUCGCAGCAUGAAGCCUUGUAGUUUCAGUUUGCCCCACUGGUUGAUUCAUGAUUACUUUCAGAACCUAUAGUAUAGUACUACCAGUCUUGGUCCCAUUAAAACAGAACAUCUUCUCUUGUUAAUAAACUACUUCUUCUGAUCAUAUGAUUGUCACUGUUUGAAUUGCAACGAGGGAAGGAUUUAACUUUUAUUAACACAGAGAAUGAACACAAUAAAUGGAUGAAUGAA